AUGGCAAACGUACUCAGCAUCUCUCAUCCUACACUGGAGUGGAAACGGCAAAACCCACCCAAGGGACCAGGCUUCGAUUGGGAGAUGUACCGUUACGUUCCCUCUCUGGCUGGAGCUAUCAUCUGCCUCGUCAUCUUCCUCGUAAUGGCUCUUCUACACCUGUAUCAGUUCCUCCAGUCGAGGAAUCGGAUUGUCAUCUUUGUGGUUAUCGGCGCACUCUGUGAAGUCGGCGGUUAUGGAGCACGUAUCGCAUCGCAUUUCGCCAACGAAGCCUGGCCCCAGUACAUCACUCAAGGUGUAUUGACGCUUGUCGGUCCCCUGUGGUUCGCGGCAACCAUAUAUAUGAUGCUUGGCCGUACCAUCAGACUUGCUAGUGGAGAAGAUGUUAGUCUGAUUCCAGCGAGGUGGUACACAAGGAUCUUCGUCACUGCGGAUAUCACCACGUUGAUCAUUCAGGGCCUAGGUGCCAGCAUUAUGGGUACUAUGCAACUCUCCCUCGCCCUCGCCGGGGAGAAAAUCGUAAUCGCCGGCCUCGCACUCCAAGUCGCCACCUUCAUCAUCUUUCUCGCGGCCUCGUUCGAUUUUCAAAUCCGUAUGAACAAGAAAGUCGAUCCCAUACCAUCGAACUGGAAGAAGAUGUUAUACAUACUCUACAGCGUCAGCGCGUUGAUUCUCUUCCGUUGUACAUUCAGACUCAUCGAGUAUGCCAUGGGCAACGCUGCUUAUCUAAUCGCGCAUGAGUGGACGCUGUAUUGCUUCGACGCUGUUCCAAUGUUCUUAGUCCUCGUGCUGCUGCUGGUUCUGCAACCGAGCCGGUAUGUUGAGGGAGUUUUGGAGAAAUCACAAGUGGACAACGACCUUGAGACGGGUGUUAUGGAGAGGAAAUGA